AUCCGCAUCUUUUCCAAUACUCAUCAGCUUGUUCAGCUUAGUUCAGCACCCCAGCAGCUAGCUUUCCGGCCCCUUCCUGCAGCUUGCCCAACCCAAUAAGCUAAGCAAGCACUCACCACUUCACCAGUCACCACACACUCUCUAUCCCUUGCACGCACCAACAUCGACCAAGAAACGGGGUAGCUAGAUCGAUCGACAUGGGGGAUCAUGCUGAUAUGUUGCAUGCUGCUCCGGCCAUGUACAACGGCGGCGGCGCUGCCCCACAUGUUGGCUGGUGGAACACGGCGGUGCCAGCGGCGACGUGCUCGACGGAGCUCGCCGGGUUCAGCACGUGGUCGCCCCAUCUGGCUGCUAGCUACGACGUGGCGGCCGAGGAGGGCAAGGCCAAGAGCGCCACCACGGCCUCGUCGGAGUCGCCAGGAAACAACAGCUCAGUGACCUUCCAAGAACCGACCGGCAUCGCCGAUCCAGCCAGCGUCGGCGCCGCCGUGCCGCAGCAGCCUCUUGCCAGUUUCACCGACUGGAUUCGUCUCAUGAACGGUGGUGCUACUUUGCAUGGGUUUCUGCAAGAUGGUCACCAGGACAUGAGCUCAAGAACUGACCAGAGCCACAUGACCGCAUCAAGCUUGAUGAAUCCCUCAUCGAAUAACCUAGCCCUGCAAGGCCACCACGAGCAGGACCACCACCACCAGCUGCUGUCCAACCUCGGACCCGAGCUACUCUUGUCCCCGACCUCACCCUACGGGUUCCAGUCGUCGCUGCUAAGAAGCCUCAUGGAGCCGACGGCGAAGCCGGCUUUGCCGGGGUUUCAGCAGUAUGAUCAGUACCAGCAGAUGGGCCUGGCGCCACCAGCUGCAGCGAGGUUUGCGCCGGCAGGUGUCAGGGUGCCACUCCAGUUUACCAACGACUCGCCCUUCUGGAACCCUUCUACUGCUGGGUUCGGCGUGCCGGCGGCGGCCCCUGACCAAGCUAGCGUACGUGCUGUCAAACCAUCGCCGGCGCAUCGUGCAGCAACCCAUGCAUUAAAGACUGCUUUGGAAGGAGUAGGAGAGUCUAGCUCAAUCAUCACCAAGAAGGUGAACGGCGAGCCGGCGUUAAAAAAACCCAGGCUCGAGACGCCGUCGCCAUUGCCAACCUUCAAGGUUAGGAAGGAGAAGCUAGGGGACAGGGUCACUGCACUCCAGCAACUAGUCGCUCCUUUUGGAAAGACGGAUACGGCAUCGGUGCUCCAUGAGACCAUCGAGUACAUCAAGUUCCUCCACGACCAAGUUGGUGCCUUUAGUGCUCCAUACUUGAAGAACGGACAUCAGAUGCCCCAUUUGAAGAGCUCAAGUCCUGACAGGUCCAAGGACAGUAAUGGCGAGAUAUCACUGAAGGGCCGGGGGCUGUGCCUGGUCCCGAUAUCGAGCACCUUCGCGGUGACCAGCGAGGUCCCCGUCGACUUCUGGACUCCAUUUGGUGCCAACUUUAGGUAGAAGAAGGCUGGAACAGGUCUGAUCAGAAGCGUCGAAUGCAUGGCGACCUGACGAUAUUUCUUAAUCUCGAUCGUCUAGUAGUGUAUGGUCAUAAUUCAUAACUAUAGUAGUGUCUAAGCAGCUGUGGCAGUGACAAAAAGGAUAGAACUGAGCUAGCUAGAUGAACCUUUGGAAUGAGUGCUUGAAGACUUGGAUUCAUUCUCCAGGUUCAUCACAGAAUAAGCAGGGAUCGGCUAAUAUAACUGAAAGGACAUAAUUCUGUGCUGAUCGUCAUCAGUUUCUAAUCAUGAUUGGUUGUUAGGUUGCAUCAUUGAGUAGUUGUGAAACAAAUUGUUAAAGAUGUGUAAUGGAUUUAGUUUAAACUAGUGAUGGAUCAAAGUGUGUAGCAGGUUUCUAUUGAUCGUGUACUACCAAAUAAAAGUGGCAUCUCUUUGAUUGAUCA